AUGAUAGAGCCGAGUGUGUGUGGGGCUGGAGCCCUUCCGCGACUCACCUUGCGGGAGUCCCUCCUGCAACUCCGGUUCUCUGAGCGGGCCGCGGAUCCACCGCCAGACAUCCCACCUGAGCUUCACAAAACGGCAGCUCGACCCGAACGCCGCAAAAGGGGAAGACGAGGUGGUAUCCACCGGAGACUGAAGCGCUUGUGCCUCCAGGACCGGCAGCGGAUGCCCGCGCUCCCAUCCAUUCUGCUUGGGAACGUGCAAUCUCUCCGUAACAAGCUGGAAGAGCUGGAAGCUUGGGCAACGGUGAGACAGGAGAUCACCAAUGCCUUUGUAUACGUGCACCCCACGCUGACGCCACUGCUGCAGCUCAGCUGA